GGCCGCUCGUUGCACUUCAAGCUGGGCGGCGGGCGCGCGGGCAGCAUGGCGCUGCGCCACGUGCAGGUGGACGAGGACCUGGCUGAUGAGCAGGUGCUCGCCAAGUCCUACCCCGUCGGCAGCCUCCACCGAGUCCGCGUGUUAGCCUACAGCCUGUCGGACUACACGUAUUUAGUCACCGACCAGCCGGCUCUUCUGGCUGAGAAAUACUUCACGCUGGACCAGUUGGACGUUGGAGACUUUGUCGACGGCACAAUCAAGACCAUUGCUGACAAUCAUAUGCUGGUGGACGUUGGGAGGCUAACGGGUUACAUACCACAAACGCAUUACUCCGACGCUGGUCUUUUCAUCGACCCAAAGAAGGCCAGCACGUCGAAACUUCCCAAGAAGUUCAAGGUCGGCCAGCACAUAAGGGCCCGGGUGCUCACCGUCGACCGCCCCAAGAAAGGCCUGCUGCUGACCGUGAAGCCUUCGCUGCUGGAUGAGGAGCUGGUGGUACUGAAGAGCUACGAGGAAGCGGAGGUCGGGAAGGCGUACACUGGCUUUAUUAGGCUGGUCCGCGAGUACCUGCUGGUGUCGUUCUUCGACAACGUGACGGCGCUGGUGCCGCGCGCGCACGUCUCGCGGGAACCGCUGGAAACGCUCGCGCACGCCUUCCACCUCGGACAAAUUGUGACAUGCACAAUUUUGAAGGUGGACGCCGAAAACAAAAAAAUGACUGGUAGCUUUACUGUAGUCCCAUUUACACCUCGUCCUAAAAAUGAAAAAGCAGAAAAACGCAAGCAAAAGUCUGGUGAUGAAGUGCCUAAUAAGAAAGCAAAAUGUAACGAUGAAGAAACAGACGUAAAGGAUAAAAAGAAACAAAAGAAAAAACGGGCUGAUUCAGAAGCAGAUGACGACAAACAUGACAUGGUCGCUAAGACCAAGAAAAAGUCUAAAAAAAGCAAAGAGAAAAGUAAACCGGAACCUGCAGAAGACUCUGACAACAGCGAAGCAGAAGACAAACGCUCAAAAAAGAAGAACAAAAAGAAAGAACAAGAAUUAAAAUCAGAAGAGAGUGACGCGAUAGAAACAGAUUUUCACGAAGACAGCGAUCAAGUGUUGACGCCAGAAGACAAGCACCUGAUAGAUUUGUCCGACUGUGACGAUAUCAAAAAGUGCAAAAAGAGGAUCGUGUCUCUAACAAAGAACGUUAACGCCAGAAUGAAAAGAAUAGACAGGAUCGAUCAGAAAAUCGUCAAAAUAGAAACGAAAGGGCUCAGCGCAAAGAACAAAAGGUACCACACAGCGAUGCACACAGAAAAGUUAGUCGUUCAAGAGAGAAUAGCUAAAUUAUUAGAAGCUUUAAAGAAGGCGCAAGAGAAACUAAAAGAAUUAGGGUUCGACGAAGAAGAAAACCGCCAAAACAAAUUGGAUAAGAAAAAAAAGAAGGAAGCAGAAGUCAAAGAAGAAGACACGACCAUAGAACCACCUGUAAAAGAACAGAAAGAGACAAAAGAAGCAAAGAAAAGGAAGAAAGACAUCAAGAUAGUGGAGAGUCUAGAGCCAGCAUUAGAAGUGCCGAGUGCUAAAGAUUUCUGGUCGGCGGACACUGAGAACUUGACGAAGAAUGUUCAAGAGGAAUCCAGCAGCAGCGAGGAAGACGAAACAGAGCAGCCCAAAAAGAAGCGUAAGAAGCGCAGCGCAGCAGAGAAGCUGGCGAAGUUACGCGAAGAGGAAGAGCGUAUUCGAGCGUUAGAACAGAGAGCCGCCACCAGCGACCAGCAGCCGAGGUCUAGCGACCAAUUCGAGCGAGCGUUGUUGGCCAGCCCUGACUGCAGCCAGCUGUGGAUCGCGUAUAUGGCCUUCCAUUUACAGGCGACAGAGAUUGAAAAGGCCCGCGCGGUGGGGCGGCGCGCGCUGGGAGCCAUCAGCUUCCGCGAGGAGCACGAGCGCCUCAACGUGUGGCUCGCGCUCGUCAACACAGAAGCGCGCUUCGGGACCAAGGAAUCCCUGCAAAACAUCCUUCAAGAAGCAGUUCAAAUGAACGACCCGUUCCAAGUGCACUCCAAGGUCCUGGACAUCUACGUGGAGACCAGCAAGCAGCAGGAGCUGUGCUCUCUCGUGGACCUGAUGCUGCGGAAGUAUAAGAGAGAUCCUGGGACGUACACGCUGUGUGGAGCGGCCUGCUUUAAGCUGGGGCUCGUGGAAAAAGCUAGACAGGUCAUGCAGAAAGCCAUUAGUGUGCUGGAGAAGAAGGAACACAUAUCAGUGCUAGUCCAGUUCGCGCUACUUGAACGUGAUUCAGGCGAGCGCGAGCGUGCGGAAGCGCUGUUCGAGCAAGUGCUAGCGGUGUACCCGCAGCGAGUCGAUGUGUGCUCGGUGUAUGUUGAUAUGCUGCUCAAGGCUGGCGACGUCGACCACGUCAGGCAAGUCAUGGAGCGUGUGACAUCGCAGAAGUUGCCAGCACGAAAAAUGAAAAUACUGUUCAAGAAGUGGAUUGAGGUGGAAGAAAAAAUAGGAGAUCAAGAAAAAGUGGAAGACAUUCGGCAACGGGCCAUGGAGUACAUAGAAAAAGCCAAGUUUUAGUUAUUUGUUAUUCAAUUUACUUAAUUAUUGUUCUCAUCUGUCUAGUUGAUUAUUGUAUCGUACUACCAAUUGGUAUUGUUAUAAAGAUACCCGUAAAAUUCCAUCCUAGCUGAAAAUUUAAGUAUCAAUAAUACGCAGAAAGAAUUUGUCAAAAUAUUUAAUAAACGUAAUGA